ACACCAUUCUUCGAGUUUCCAUUGUUUCUCAGAGAAAAGCUAUUGCGGACUCUCUUAUGGCAACCGAUGCAAGUGGGAAAGAAAAAGGUGGCCCUAUCCCUAUGAUUGCGUUCGACGGCCACGCACUGUGCGUCACCGAAGACGAUUUUGGCGAAUCUGAUCAAGCAAGCGGAGUUCGCGAGCGCAAUGGAAUUCGAUAUCUGCUCCCUAAUGAUGCUCGAGCUCUUCCUUCCCGCUGCCAUUCUUGGACCUUGGGAGACGAAAAUGAGGUCUCCGGCGCGACUUGAAAUAUCAAGUCCCUCCAGCGGAGAUAAAAUAAAUAUGACGGGAGACAUUCUUUCCCUUCCUCUGGGAAAAGAGUGUGGUGAAGGAGAAGAUAAUUCUGCUAUUACUGCUGCAAAUGGAAUUUUAUCUCCUCUUUGGCUUGUUUGUUCUUCAACCAGGUGUCAUUGCAAUUUUUCUGUCCAAAAUGAGCCUGAGUUCUCCGGUCUAGACUCAAGACGGUUCUGAUUCUGUUUGGUGACACGACCUACAACGAGGCUAGUGAAAUUUAGUGUUGCCUAAGAUCUUUGGCUGGCAAAACAUCUGGAAGUAAGUUUUUCCAGUGUUUUAAUAGCAGGACGCAUCAGGAGCUCUCGCUUGAUUGAGGAAUGGCAGAAGCACUGGAAUUUCUAUGGGGAGUACAUCUUAUAAGUUUGGAGUACUUAUCAGGCAUAAUGAGGUCUCUACUUAUGCUAUCUUCAUGGGCAAUUUAAACAUUUUGGAGCUUUCUAUCAGGGCCUUCAUCUCAAGCAAAGUCAAUAUUGAAGCUUUUUAUCCCCCUUUUGGUUGGUACGUUGGAUAACUGGUCUUACAUGAUCUGAAGCAUAAAAUGCUCUGUCUGAAAUGGAGAAAAAGGGAACACGUGGUCACGAGGCAUAUUUGAUAUUUAAGCGAUCCUUUAACAGUGCCUCAAUAUUUUCGAAAGAGGGGUGAAAAUUCAUCACAGAGGAAGUAGCAAAGAAGAGAGCUUUGACUGGCGGUAAAGGAAAUCUGCUUGUUGCCUGGUAUGUCUGAUUCUGAUAGAUCUAGAAUGAUCCCUGAUGGCUGGAUUUUUCGGCGCAAGAUCUGGCGUGGAUCUGAUGCCUCGCAUUACUUCUGUCCUGCCACAGGCCAAAGAUUUUCAACCUAUAAAGCCCUUAUGCACUAUGUGGAAUAUGCUAAAAAAGCAAAGGUUUCCAUCUAUGCGCCGGACUUUGGUGCUGGUAAAUCAUCAGGCAAGAGAAAAGGUCGCUCACGUGCUAAGACCAAAGUUUGUAAGCCAGCGACCAGAGGAAAAGUUCCUCGCAAAGGGGAAAUGGCUGCAUCAGCAGCUCUCGAGGAGCUUCCCUCAGAUGUUGGUCAGAUCACGGUUCCAAAGUCUGGAAUAAGUGGAAAGUUUCCUCCUAAAAAUUGGGAGGAAGCAUGCCUGCCAGAUUCAAAGGAGGUUUCCCCAGCUGUCGGUCAGACCAAAGUUUCUCACCAAAGGACAGAAGCUGGCUCAGCAGCUCUCAAGCAGCUUCCCUCAGAUGUUGGCCAGAACAAGGUUCUGAAGUUUGGAAUAGGUGGAGAAUUUCCUCCUAAAGGAUGGAAGGAAGCAUGCCUGGCAGAUCCGGAGAAAAUUUUCCCAGCCGUCGAUCAGACCAAAGUUCCUCGCAAAAGGACGGAGGCUGGCUCAGCAGCUCUCAAGCAGCUUCCCUCAGCUGUUGGUCAGAAUAAGGUUCCGAAGUUCGGAAUUAGUGAAAACAUUCCUUGUAAAAGGAGGAAGGCAGCAUGCCUGCUGGAUGCGAAGGAGCUUUCCCCAGCCGUUAACCAGACCAACGUCCCGACAGUAGGAAUGAGAGCAGAACUUCCUCCGGAAAGGAGGGAGGAAGCUUGUCUGCCAGAUCUGAAGUUGCUUUCCCCAGGCGACAAUUACUCCAAAGACCUGAAGUCAGCAUUGGGAGUAGAAUAUCCUCCCAAAAGGCUGAGGGAAGGUUAUCUGCAGCUUUCCCCAGCUGUAGAUCCUACCAGCAUUUGGAGCCCGCCAAUCAGAGCUAAAAUUCCUCCUAGAAGGAAGAACUACUUUGGCCAGAGCUCCAAUUUAGGGGUCAUCAAUGAGAGCGAGGUUAACAUCGGCUCAAUGGACAUGAGUACAAUGGGGGAUUUUGGUGGUUUUCAACCGUAUGCUCCACUUGAAGGGGGCUCAAGUGAGACAAAUUAUGACUGGGCUUUUGAAGAAAAUAUUUUCCCUUUCCGAGCCGAGUUUGAAGCUGGUGAGGAACCUACCAUCUCUGCCUUAGACAAUGGUGUCCAAAUUUACAUGGAGCCGAGCAGGCCAUGCAUAGAGCAUCAAUAUCGUAGGAGAAACGAGAGAAAUAAAAGCACUCGUCCAACUGUCGGGCAACUCAGGAAGAAGGAAACCUGAAGUAGUGUUUGCUGAGACUUCGGACCAGCCAUCUCUUGGACUUAUUCAUAAUAAAGAGAAGAAACUCUAUUAAUGGGGACUCUGUCAUUUACCCUACCUGCUUUCUAACUUCUUAUCAGACAUUUCUCUGGUAAACUUUAUGCUGUUCCGGAGCUUGGUUUGCUACAGGUAAGACUUAUUUUAAGUUAUCGACUGUUUUGAAUACUCA